UGGGUACGCACAGUGAUUCCCGGGGCGGGGCACCGGCCGGAAGCACCCUCUGGACCCGCCCCCUGCCCACCGGAGCCGGAAGCCGUCGACCGAGCCGGUAUGUUGCCCUCCGCGGGCCGCAGUGCAUCAUGCUCCGUGGCCCUUGCCGCCUCUUCAGGGUCUCCGUGGCACCCGUCGCGGCCCUGGCUGUGGCGCUGGUCUCGUCGCUCUCUCGCUGCUCCCUCCUGGAGCCGGAGGACCGCGUGGUCUCGCCGCUCAGCCCCUACUUCGGCACCAAGACUCGCUACGAGGAUGCCAACCCCGGUCUGCUGCCGGACCCCGAGGCGCCACGGCGGGACCCACAGCUGCUGGAGGAGACCUGCACCCCGGUACAGCUGGUCGCCCUCAUCCGCCACGGCACCCGCUACCCGACCACCAAACAGAUCCGCAAGCUGCGGCAGCUGCACGGACUGCUGCAGGCCCGCCGGCCCGGGGAUGACCGGACCCGUGCUGCCGGCGGCGGCGACCUGGGCGCUGCGCUGGCCAACUGGCCGCUGUGGUACGCGGACUGGAUGGACGGGCAGCUGGUGGAGAAGGGGCGGCAGGACAUGCGACAGCUGGCCCUGCGCCUGGCCUCCCUUUUCCCGGUUCUCUUCAGCCGAGAGAACUGCGGCCGCCUGCAGCUAGUCACCAGCUCCAAGCACCGCUGCGUAGACAGCGGCGCCGCCUUCCUGCAGGGACUGUGGCAGCACUACCACCCUGGGUUACCGCCGCCCGACGUCGCAGACAUGGAGUGUGGACCUCCAAGAAUUAAUGAUAAAUUAAUGAGGUUCUUUGAUCAUUGUGAGAAGUUUUUAACUCAAGUGGAAAGGAAUGCUACGGCUCUUUAUCAUGUAGAAGCCUUCAAAACUGGACCAGAAAUGCAGAACAUUUUAAAAAAAGUUGCAGGUAUUUUGCAAGUGCCAGUCAACAACUUAAAUGCAGAUUUAAUUCAGGUAGCUUUUUUCACCUGUUCAUUUGACCUGGCAAUUAAAGGUGUUAAAUCUCCUUGGUGUGAUGUUUUUGACAUAGAUGAUGCAAAGGUUUUAGAAUAUUUAAAUGAUCUGAAACAAUAUUGGAAAAGAGGAUAUGGGUAUACCAUUAAUAGUCAAUCCAGCUGCACCCUGUUUCAGGAUAUCUUUCAGCACUUGGACAAAGCAGUUGAACAGAAACAAAGUUCUCAACCAAUUUCCUCUCCAGUCAUCCUUCAGUUUGGUCAUGCAGAGACCCUUCUUCCACUGCUUUCUCUCAUGGGCUACUUCAAAGACAAGGAGCCCCUAACAGCUUACAAUUACAAGAAGCAAAUGCAUCGGAAGUUCCGAAGUGGUCACAUUGUACCCUAUGCCUCAAACCUAAUAUUUGUGCUUUACCAUUGUAAAAAUGCUAAGACUCCUAAGGAAGAAUUCCAAGUGCAGAUGUUACUGAAUGAAAAGGUGUUACCACUGGCUCACUCACAAGAAACUGUUUCUUUGUAUGAAGAUCUGAAGAACCACUACAAGGACAUCCUUCAGAGUUGUCACACCAGUGAAGAAUGUGAACUACCAAAGGUGAACACAUCUGAUGAGCUAUGAGUAACUGGAAAACAUUUUUAAUUCAUCAGGAAUCUCCAGGGAGUGAUCCCAUGCUUGGAAGAGGUGGGCAGUCCCUGGCUACAGCAAGCUUUAACAUUACUUGGGUAUUUCUGUCUUUUCAAAGAAGAACGUUUCUUUUUGAGUCUGGACAUGGAUGUGUAAGAAAUGGUUCUUCACUGGAGCAGCUCUCUUAAAGGAAAAAAAUCUAUUCAGAAAGAUAACUGGCACUACAAACAUUUACAGAAGUUAAAUAUUUAUGUAAGAAAACUCACACUAAGAUAGAAUGUGAUUUCAGGAUAGUACUUGAAAGUUGGAGUAACAAAGUACUAUGUCAGUUGGACAAUCCAUAACUUGAUUGGACUAAGUCUAGGAACUUUACCAGUUGUGCUGCAGUUCUUUCUCUUUUCCUCAGGUAGCACAGUUCUGGUAUCAUCUUUCUUAAUCAGAACUAUUAUGAUUCACUGGGAGUAUCGCUUUGAAAGAAAGCUAACAUCUCUCUAGUUGAGAAUUCGAAACGAUAUUAAUAAACAGAGUCUGAUUUAAAAGAACACCUUCGGGCUUCCCUGGUGGCGCAGUGGUUGAGAGUCCGCCUGCCGAUGCAGGGGACACGGGUUCGUGCCCCGGUCCGGGAAGUUCCCACAUGCCGCAGAGCGGCUGGGCCCGUGAGCCAUGGCCACUGAGCCUGCGCAUCUGGAGCCUGUGCUCCGCAACGGGAGAGGCCACAACAGUGAGAGGAAGGAAGAUAAAAAUGUAAUAAAAUAAAUAUCUUUGUUAAUAGUAUUUAUAAAGUAUUUGAACACUGUUUCAAUAAUUCCUUUUAACCUCCUAGUAAGUCUUGCAAGGCCAUUCUUUAAUUAUUAUCAUUCCUGUUUCACGUAUGUAACAGUGGAAGAACAAAGAGGACCAUUAGCGACAAGACAGAAGAAUAGAAUCAAAGUUUCUUAAGUCCAUUGCUUAGCAUUUAAAAAAAAUUUUUGUCAUUUUUGCUUGUAUUUUUAUAUUUUGCUAUUAUGUGAAAUAUAUCUUUUGAUGGUUUAGUUUCCUUUUUGUUCAUUUCUAUAGAGAAAGACUUCCCAGUGGUGGGCUUAGUUUCACAGAUAUGAACCCAUUUCAAAGAAAUGGUUCUGAGUUCUGUCAAAUGCCAGGAAAAUGUUUGCUAUAAUAAUAAACAGAAUUCCUGUGACUUUACUACCAGGUCUUUUCUGCUCUCUGUAUUGAUACAUAAUCAGUAACUGAUGGUAACAGGCUAGCAUUUCAAGCAGCUUUGACUAAAUCAGGCAAUAUAAGGAAAUUUUUUUCUAGUAGAAGUUUCCUCAGAUUUUCACUUCUUAAAGAAAAAUUGAAAUCUAUUUUAUUAAAAAUCUAAAUAAGUGAUACAACUAUAUAUUGAAGGUAUAAAAGAAGAUGCAUAGAUCAUUGGUCUGUAGAUCAUUGAUCUUCAAAUGAAUGAUGUUCAUAAAAUAUAUGAUUAGCUGAUAAAUACUACCGAUGCCUCAGUACACUGCUGAUUGUUCCUGCAAAGGUCUGGUAUUAAUCUUUUUCUUUUUUUAAAUUUGUAAGUAGGCAGAAGAGAACAGUAUAAUGAGCAUUCAUGCCCAUCAUACUGUUUUAUCAAAAUUAACAUUAUAUCAUUCGGUUUAGAUCCAAAUAAGAAGAAUUGAGGACUUUUGUAUGCCUCCCUGGUGCUUUUGCCCUCACUCCCUGCCUAGAGUUAGCCACCAACAUGAAGUUCAGUAUUUACCACUUCAUUGCAUGCUUGACUCUGAAAACUUGUAGUAUUGUUGUGGGAAUUUAAAAUUUUCUAUAAAUGGACUUACACUGUGCGUAUCAUUGUUGAAUAAUUGAUUUCUUUUAAUUGCUGUAUUUGUUUUUCAAGACUUCUUGAUCCUGAUCACUUGUCUUAAAUUAACACCAUCAGUUCAUCAAUACCUGUUGUGUACUUUUUAUGUACAAACACUAGACUCAGUCUAUGGGCAUGUUAAAGUGGAAUGAACCUAGCUUUUCUUUCAAGGGGGUUACCUUAAAAGACCUUAAAACAAAUUUACUUGAUGUCUGGAACAUUAAAUGAUUUGAUUCAUAAACUUUUCAUAGACUAUUAAAGUUUUAUAGGAAUUGUUUAAUUUAUUGUUAAAUAGGACUAUAUAGUUAUCAUUGUAGUCAUUGGUGUGUAAAAUAUUUCAGGAUAGAGGGUAAGUGUGGUCCAUUUUCCCUAAUGUUACAGAGGUUGUGACAUUACUCUGGUGCUAUUAUUCUCACUUAGGAAAUGCCUGAAACUGAAGAAUCUCAUGAUAAAAGCAAAAGGUCUUUUCUAGGGUAGGAUAUAUAAAAAGUUGAACGUUGAAUAAUAAUCUUUGGCCAACAAGAGUUCAUUCAUGAUAGGUGACCAAAUUAUUCAGUCAAGCCAAAAUUUAAUCGCUAUCGGUUCUGAGACUUUGGUCAGUUAGUAAAUAACCUAUGGACAUUAGCCAUUUUUCUGUCUAGUCUACAACUUGAUGUGUGCAGUGCAUUGUACUUACUGUUUUUUAUAGUCAUUUUAUCAUUUUGAAGUUUUUGCUCUACAACACAUAAUCAUGCACUUGAAACUCUUUUUGUAUAUAAUCUUGAUCUCAAAAGGAGCUUCGUUUUUUUUCAGGCAAAAUCAACUUUUAUGAUAUCUUUGAGUGCUUUCCUUUUAUAAACUGCAGAAUUGAUGCAUGCCCUUAAAUAUUUGGGAGUUACAUACAACCAAACCAGAAUCUAUAAGUGUCAAUUUUUGGAAUAUAUUUCUCUAAGGUGGUAUUUCAUAUAAUUCAUUAAUGAUCCUUGGAAUUUGGACUGUGUUCUGCCAAAUGUAAGCUGAAAAUAAAUAUUUGCAUUACAGUAUAAUUUGCCUGUAUCUAGCUCUUCUCCUUAACUUACCCAAUCACUUAAUUCUCAUAGAAUCACAGGUCACUGAAUUCUCUCCUAACUAUUCUUUUUCUCUCACUCAAGCAUUUUCUUCCACUCACCUAUCAGCUCAGUCUACCCUUAAGCACCUUCACAUCAAUCUGUUAAGCUAUUUUUUAAUUGGUGUGUGUGUGUAUGUGAGAGAGAGGAGAGAGAAAGGG